AUGAUGGAAAAUAUUUACGAAUCUAUAAGCUCAUUCCCUCUAUGUCAAUCCACUAUAGAUAGUUAUGAAAAUAGCUUGGAUCAACAAGAUAAAAUAAAAUGUAACACCGUCAUUCAAAAAUAUUUCACGAAUGAAAAUUCCGACAAAAAUAAUAUAUGCCCCAUAGCUUUGAAAUAUUUAGAUUAUAUUAAUCGUUAUGUUAACAAUUUACCUAAAGAAGCGGCUUGUUAUUACCUCUAUUAUUGGAUAUAUGAAAAGAUUAAAUCCUAUAAUAAAACUUGCGAAAUCAAAAAUGUGUACGAUGAUAUUAUAAAACUGCAUAAAGCAGACAAUAACACUGGAUAUAUGUGCACGACAUAUAUAAAUAACACUAUUCUUUAUGAUCAAAUAGACAAAGUAAAAUAUAUGUAUGAAAUAUACAAAUGUCUUGAUAUUAGGGAAUUAGAAAAUAAAAAAAAUGUAGACACUAUAUUUUGUCAAGCAUUAGUAGAUAAAAUAAACCAAUAUAAUCAAAAAAAUAGAAAUGUCGAAAUAGAAUUUAGAGAACAAGAAAUUAUACAAACCUGUAAAAAUAAUAUUGGAUCAGCUAUUGCAAUUCCUAUUCUCAUAUCAUUAAUAAUAUCUCUGUUGUUAUAUAUUGCUUAUAAGGUUAAUAAUUAUAUCAAAAAGAAAAAAAUACGUUGGAAGAAUUUGAACAAUUCAGCACUACGUCAUGUAAUAAUAUAUACAAUAUAUAAUAUCAUAUAUAGUGAUUUUGUAAACAGCAUAUUUAUAAUGUAA